AUGCCAGCAGUGCAGUCGCUGCCACUGCCACAGUCGCUGCCGCAAUCGCUGCCGCAAUCGCUGUCGCAGUCGCAGUCGCUGCCCGCAUCGCGUGCUGCGUCUGGGGAAUUCUGGGCGCCAUUGGAGGAGCAGCAGACACGGGCGCAGGAGCACGAGCAUGACAAGGACCUGACCACCAUUAAAACGACGCUUGAGGAGAAGCAGCCACAGUCUCAGGACCACAUUGACUGCAAAUUGACUUUCGAUGCGACAAUGGACUCGUUAGACGACCAGCAACUGCAGGCGUUGCAGCUGCAGGACAAUGGCUGCAACGUGCUGCGCACAGGCAGCAGCAGCAGUAGCCCUAAUAAGCCAGCGGAUACCGACAAGCCGGUCAGCGUCGUGCGACAGUCAAGCCCUGGCAACAGCAGCAGUCAGCCCCUUUAUGAAUUACAAUUGGUUGUUUGGCCCUCUGAUGUCGAGGAUGGCGAUGAUUUUCUGCCAACGGCAGCGACCACACCGCCCAAGUCAACAACAACACGCAGGACAACAAAAAUUCCUGUGACUACAAAAUCAACAACAAGGGCAACAAGAAGGCCGGCAGGAAGGCCAACAAGAAGGCCAACAACAAAGUCACCGUCACCAUUGCCUUCAUACGAGGAUCAAUUGGCCGUAUUUCCGCAAAUGGAUGUUGAAGAGGAAAAUUUUGAUUAUGUGUUUGGUGAGUUGCAGCCAGUGGCGAGCACACAACGACCGUGGGCAUCAUCUACCACGCCAAAACCCACAUACACAUCGUCCUGGGAGCCAGCGGAAAAAGUCUAUAUAUUGGAAAAUUAUCACAUUAAAUACGGCAACGGCAAGGAGGAGUACAAAUUGGUACUCAGCAAUGGGCUGGUCAACUACAUGAAGCUGUACGUGAAGCGUGUGGGCAAGGACUUGAUCAAUGUACAGGAGGGCUACUAUUCGGUGCCAGUGGAUGGAAAGAAGUCAAAGAUUCGCAUCAUUCACUACAUAGCCGAUGAGCAUGGCUAUAAAGUGUACAAGAUGGAGGACGGCGCGCUGAAGAAGGUGUUGCCCACCCGUGGGCCUGUUAAGGCCACAGAAUCACCCGAGUCAAUGCCAGUCGUAUGAGAAUGGAGAAAUCAUGGCAUUGUGCACACACUGAGACCCAUCGUAAAACAAUUUUUUUCCAACAUAUUUUUUUUUUGAAUACUAAAUAAUGUAGU